GGCUCCGUACCGUGCAAUAUUUUUUGUAACGAUUUCUACGGCUUGUCGCUCUCAAAACUAUACAACUUAUGCAGUGAUAGUGUUCUUUCAAGCUUGAGGGAUAACCAUCGAAGCUGAGGCUAUGUUGCCCCAUUUUUCAUUCUGAUGGAUUAUGAACGUGUGGUGUAAGACAUGUAGUUUGCACUGUCGGUGCGAGGUGUGUGGGCAACGCGAAUUUCAAGAUGGCCCCAUGGCCGGAGCCCGAGACUGAGCCAAAAGCUCCAGACAAGACGGCCUCCGCGGCGGAAAAGCCAUGCGAAACACCUGCAGUUGGGAUGAAGAGCGAGAAAGAUUGUGCUGAAGCCAGCGGGGCUUGCAAGCCUGUAGAUGACAAAGAUGCAGGUGUUGCUGCUCUAGAUGACCGAGGUCUACAAGAUCUUCUGAAUGAGGCUAUUGCUUACAAAAACCCAAAAGAUCGUGAUAACAAAAGUGACCUCUUCAAGGAGCUCCUGGCUAAAGCUGAAGCUGAUGAAAGAGAGCACUCUGGCGGACAACGAGGUAUAAGCAGUCUUGGGGGAAAUAGUGGACGUUAUCGUAGAGGACCUUCUCGGAAAGGCGAUGUGUCCGAAAGGAAUUCUCGAGGAGGCUCUUUACAGAAUCUGGUCCAUGCCUUAAAUUCCGAUUUGGACAUUCAUGUUGGUUCCACCAACAGGAAGCGGGGUGGCCGAAGAAAUCCUCAACCGCAAGUGAGUGUCAGUGCUCGGCAAAGGGAAGGCGGCUCCCUGCCUUGUAAUGUAAAUGCUGACUUCUAUACUGCAGCUGCCCUCCGAAGUCAUGAUGAUGUUAGUACAAGUUCCUCACUGAAGAAGCGUGAUCAUCCUACUCCACCAGAUGAUGUUGUGACUGGGAACAGCUAUUCUUACAAGCUUGCAAGUGCUAGCUGUGCUAGGACUGCUGAGGAUCUGUCUGGUUACAGACCAAGCCACUCAGGCAAACGAGCCACUGACUCUCUAGAUGACAUUGAGACGGUAGUAUCCCGCGGGUCGGGCAGCAAACGAAGAGAAUUAAAGAAAUUGGGGCACUCCUCAGAUGCUAUAUUUCCUGAGAGUACCAGUGAUGAAAUCUGUUCAAUGGAAGACUUACACAAAGAAGCUGAUAUUAGUCGCCUAGCCAAUAACAAGUUUGAAAAUGAAAACUUAAUUGAUCUCUCAGACUUUGCUACUUUCCAUCUGAGACCCCAGAACAAUGUAGACAGGAGCUCCGCUGAUCACUCUGUGGUUGAUGACAUUCAGUCUCAACUUAACGGAACGUCCAUUUUGGGAGUCGGCAUGAAUGGCACUGUCCGGUCUGGACCAGACCGAUGGUUGAAAUCAGAGCCUCGCAAAGAUGAAGACAUGGAUGGUACAGAGAUGACUCCUAUAGAAAGGACCUCUGAAAUAUCAAAGUAUCCAACAUCAAGACCAAACGAACAUGAAGUGGACCAGACAAUACAGUUUCUUAGGAAGUCUCAAAGGAGCAAUGGAGAACACAUCGUGCCCCCUUUGAAGCUUUUUCCAACUGCAAAUUUUGCGGCUGGGGACUCAGUGCGAAGCACUUCGGAAGCUGCUCCAACACGCCCCAGAGCAUUAAUUCAUCAGUACCAAGUUCCCACCUUGGAUAAAAAUUUGCAUGUUUGGGUUUCAGAUUCUGCUUUCUUAUCUAAGGAUACUGACAAGAAGAGUUUUGAUGAAAAUGGAAAUGCAUUGCAGGGCACUGGUUCUGAGCGCAAAUACAAAACACGCAAAAACAAGACUGACAAUAACAAUUAUGUGCUGUCCGAAAAGAUUCCUGGACACAGAGGUGGUACUCAAGACAUUAAUGAAUUGGUGCUUUUUAUUGAGUCCCCUUCCAACUGUACUGACAAGUCAUCAAUUAGUGGGAAGAACACUCGGAAUACCAAUGGACCUGUAAAUUUAAAGGAUAGUAAACAACGCAACAGUAGUAGUAAUGGCAAGCGUAGUGAGGCUGGUGGUACUAAAGUCAAGCUUGAUAAGCGGAAGUCUGGUGAUAAACCUAAACUUAAGAAGUCUAACAGCUUAGAGGAAAUCUCUUGCACAAAACUCUCGGACCUGACCUCUUCAGAUAAUUCUUCAGUUAAAGGAACGGAGAAGCAAUUGAAGAAACAGUCUACCCUGGAUGAAGUUGUUAUUACUCGUGAAUCCCGCCAAAAGAGUGUGCGGUCUACUGGGUCCAAUUGUUCAGUCUCUGAUAAGGGCACUGGGAGUACGAGGUCCAGUAGUAACCGAAAACAAAGAGAGUCGUCGAGUACCCAUAGAGUUACACCUCCCCCAUCUAACCCUGUAGAUACUGUUGUCAACACAUUAGUUCAAGGUGGUGAAAUCAUUGGUGAUCCAUCUGAGUUUCAUGUUGUUACAAAGAAGCAACGUAAGAAAAAACCUGGGCGCUCGUCUUCAAUUGGUAGAAACGAAAGGAGCCAUCAUAGCACGCAAAGCAAUAAUUAUCAUAGAGAAGCUCAUUCUAGAAGAAGUGCCACCAUGGAUGAUGGUGAAGGGCAUCUUCUUUACCAAUACCGCUCUGCGCCAUAUCGAUCUGAGUCUCCAGAACAUAGUCAACAUCAACGCAGAAAAUCCACUUCAAGCAUGCCACCCAGUGACAAGAGUGCUGAUAGCUCUGAUUUGGACAGUGUCCAUUCUUUGCCAGCUUCUACUACGCCACGCCCGGCUCUUGAUAAAUCUUCGAAUUCCAGUGGAUCUACACCUCAAGUAUCAUAUGCAGAUAUAGCACGAAUGGCCUCGGCAAUGUCUCCGCCCCAGGCUUGUCCGUUUGUGCCUGCUGCUGGUUCUCAGACGCCCAUCUUGGCAGACGGUCAAACUCAAGGUCUCGCUAACAAGUGGCCUUCAGUUGGGCAAGCAAGACCCCCUGCUACACCACUGUGGACAGCCAAUGUUACGCUCCACACUGCCACACCGCUUCCAGCUAGUCAUGAAGAGGGAGAGCAGUGCUUUGCUGUGGCUGUUCCUGCUGUGUCUUCCUCCACCAUUAGUAGCUCAACUAAACGGGAUGCUAUGACAAAUACAGUGUCCCAACUGGAGAGUGAACCAACAGACUGUUCUUCUGUAGGAAAUUUGUUGUCAGAUCUUAGUUAUCCACCUUUGUGUGAGAGUGGUAAAACCCCACAGACAUUUCCUCCACAAUCGGUGACACCAUGUGUACAGACUUUCAUAUCUCAAGCAUCUCGAUCAUCACCAGCCAUAUCACCUGGUGUAACAAUGGCCAAUUGUGUGGAUGUUGAGGACUCUGCUAAAAGAGCAGCAUCCCCAGCUGCCUUUGAUAGUGUUCGUGAUAAUGCACGGAGUAGUGCACUGGACCGGCCUGCUGUGAUCAUUCUAGAUGAGGCUGAAACUGAGACCCCUGUUGAUGGUGACCCUGAACUCACAUUUGGUUUUGAAAUCAAUGAGAUGCUCUUAUCCGGUUCCUGUGUUUUGAGCUCUGAUGAUGAAGCUGAUAUUAGACUUGAAUCUACGGCUUCUGUGAAUGUGGAACCUUCAAUGACUUCUGUAGCCAAUAUCAAUCUGGACAAGAUAGUGGCAUUUGUUGGAAGAGCUUGGGAAGAUGUCAUUAAAGAGCUGCCACGAGAGGCUGGAGCUAGGGGUAGAGUUCAAUUCUACAAUGGCCAGUAAUGGAAGGGGUGCCCUCUCUGUUAACGUUGAGUUUGUUUUGUUUUAAGUAUAUUGUGUACAAACAUGAAAUUUUUUGGACAAUUUGAGUGGCUGGAGGAACUCUGCUCUUUGUUUUUGUUGUUCUUUUUUAAAUAUAUAUUUUAAUGGCUGUGCUGCUGCAAAAAAAGGUUAGCAAGUGGCCUGCCCCAGCCUUGCAAGAGUCCCGUGGCACCUCACCUUGUCAAAUUUCGUACCCGGUGUCUCCUGUAGAGGUGUCAAGUGACCUUUGUUGUAUGUGCAUGCCUUGAAUGUACUAAUUUUGCCUGCAUUGAGCCUAACAUGGCACCUAUCACUCUUUCUUUGAAUGCAGCAAUGUUAUUCAUCCGUUCCUCUGGGAAUUAAUCAAAUGUCUGAGGAAUAUGAUGUAUAGGUGUGUGCUAAUGCUGUUUGCUGUCGAAUGCUUUCUUAUCAUGAAUUGUUUGUCAUGAUUGAAGAAGACUCUAAUUUCAUGUGUAAUCACUAAGGAACACUGGCAGGCGACUUAACUGCCCUAACAGACAAUAUGAAUGGUUGCCUCUCCAUUGGCUCUUUUGUUUGUCUGUUUGAGCAGUUGGUGCUAUGCCAAAGUUCAAAGGAUUAUUCUUUGCACCAAGCAGAGACCUCUGAGCUAUUAAGUCAAAUGUUGCUCCCCUUGUUUCUUUGUAUUGUUAAGAACAGAACUUGAUUCUGUUGUUUUGUUGUACAUGUCAGUCUUUACUUCUGUUUCUGUGAUGAAACAACCAAGUGUCAUUUUUGGGGUUUGGUCAGUGCGUGAUGAGGAACUGCUAUAAGAUUAUUUCCUUGGUGUCUUUGUUAAAAUUUUACCCUUAAUGGUGUCUGCUGUUUUUUAGAAAAACAUUUAAAUUUCAUUUUGAGCUGUGGGAUGCAUUAACUAAAUCAUCUUGUUAAGUGAUUUUAUGUUGUUUAUGUGACUGCUUAUCAUUAAAACUAAGAAAUUCAUGUCUAACUUUUGAUAUGAACAAAAAGAUAAAAAGAUUAAAAGAUUGAACGUGUAAGUGGAGGUUGGUUUGCUUUACCUCCACUCAUGAUUGUUUGCUUUGGUUAUGUUGACAUUUGUAAAUCAUAUUGUAUCUUUCCUUUUACAUCAAAUCAUAUUUCAAGGAUAUUGAAAUGUCACCUUUCGCUAUCAAAGGUAUGAAUUAUGGGAGGAAAAAUAGUGAACCAAAGAAAUACUUUCUUUAUAUUUUGUCCCCAAUUUUUUCCCCCAAUCUGUGUCUGUUGAAUUGCCAAGUUCGUAUGUGUGUUAUGAGUGUACUGAGUGAGUGAAUGAACUUGAAGUCGGUAGGUGGUACUUGCUAAAUGCAUGAUGUGUCGAAUUUUUUAAAAGCGAAAUCUGUAUUAUGUAUUGAAAAACAAAACGCAUAAAAAUAAAAGCUGAUCAAAUGUUAA